AUGUUCAGUUUACGGAUUUUACGGGUUAAGCCCUUUGCGAUCACAGGAUGCCUCUUUGAAAGAGCAUCGAGCAACGUUUUAAGCUCGACCCUACAAAACACCACAAGAUCCUUCUCCGCACUCAAUGCCUCACGGCCGACUCUCUCAGCACCUCGAACAAGCUCAAUUAUCUCCCAGAUACCAUCUUCAGCCUCCGUUGUACGCCCAAACCCGAUAUCAAGCUGCUUAGCCACAAGCCCAUCUACCACCCGUGGGUUCUCAUCCACUGCCUCUCUGGGCGUUAAACGAGACACAUAUAACCCUAGCCGAAGGGUCCAGAAGCGCCGUCAUGGAUUUUUAGCCCGUGUGAAAAGCCGAGGUGGUCGUGGUGUGUUGGCACGGAGACGUUCGAAGCAGAGGAAGUACAUGAGUUGGUAA